AUGCGUCUCGACACGAAGCACAUGCGCUACUUGACCGUCGAGGACUGGAGGACACUCACGGCGGUGGAAACGGGCUCCAGGAACCAUGAAGUCGUGCCCACUGCCCUCAUCGGCCAGAUUUCCGGGCUGCGAGGAGGGGUACACAAGAGCAUUUCCGCGCUGGCCAAGGUAGGCCUCAUCGGGCGCCUCAAGAACGCUAAAUACGACGGCUACCGUCUCACCUAUGGUGGCCUCGAUUACCUCGCCCUCAAUACCUACCGCAAGCGCAAGGACGUCUACAGCGUCGGCAACCAGAUCGGCGUGGGCAAGGAAAGCGACAUCUUUGUCGUCGCGGACGAGGACGGGGUUCAGCGCGUCCUGAAAAUCCACCGAUUGGGCCGCAUAUCCUUCCGCACGGUCAAGGCCAACAGAGACUACCUGCGGAACCGGUCGUCGGGCUCGUGGAUGUACAUGUCGAGGCUGGCGGCGCUGAAGGAGUUCACGUUCAUGGCCUCACUCCGAGAGAAUGGGUUCCCGGUGCCGGAACCGCUGGCGCAGUCCAGACACACCAUCGUCAUGUCGCUGAUCGACGCCUUUCCCAUGCGUCAGAUAUCCGCCGUUCCAGACCCAGCGUCCCUCUACGCCGAGCUCAUUGCUAUGAUCCUGCGCCUUGCCCAGUACGGCCUCAUCCACGGAGACUUCAACGAGUUCAAUAUCCUGGUCAAGGAGGAGACGAAGAAGGAAAAGCUAGACGGCAAGCAGACCGAAAAUCUGGUUCUGACACCAAUCCUGAUCGAUUUCCCUCAAAUGGUGUCCGUAGACCACGCCAACGCCGAAUUCUAUUUCGAUCGAGACGUAAACUGCAUCAAGAGGUUCUUCGAGCGCCGUUUCCACUUUACCAGCGAUGCCAAGGGUCCAUACUUCAAGGAAGCUAGGAAACUCAUUGGGAAGGACGGUGUUCCGAGACUCGACGUUUCGGUCGAGGCCUCUGGGUUCUCGAGGAAGAUGGCAAAGGAGCUUGAGACUUACAUGAAGGAGGUCGGUGUCGACGGCGAUGGGGAACCUACUGCUGCUCGAGGAGACGAGGAAUCCGACCAGGGCGAGGACAGCGGGGAGAGCGGAGAUGAGGAUGUUGAGGCACAGGUAGAGGAGAUCAUCCCGCCGUCUCAAGACAUUGCUUCUCACGUGAGCGGCAUUGCGAAAGAUCGUCUCGGAAAUGAUAUCCCCAUGGCGAAACUUGAAAUCAAGGACGAGGCCUGA